ACCAGUCUACCAAUAAGCAAAAUUAUAACGCUGAUUCGCAUCUUGUUUCAUGCAGUGAACUGUGAAGUUUGUUUACGCCGUUCACGUCAAUUGCUCUGAAUCGCUAUAUACAGCUAUUUAAAUAAAUAACUUUAUAGCAAAAAAUGGUGAGGGUUUGCUGCAUUAAAGGGUGUAAAAACUCUUCGGACACUGUCUGCAGCUACUCAUUCUUCGUUUUCCCAUAUAACAACGAAAAGCUUAAAAAAUUAUGGCUCAACAGUGGGCCUGGAUAUAAAACUAUAUCCAAGUAUUCAUACAUUUGUUCAUACCACUUUUUCCCGGAGGAUUAUGUGGAACACAAACACACUGCCAGAAGAACAUUAAAAAAGAAUGCAGUACCCAGCAUAUUUGAUAACAAUGUACCUAAGAGUGCUAUUCCUCAGAUGAGUAACCUACCAAACUACAGCUUCCAAUAUGAUACUUCACCAUCACCACCAAUAAAAUAUGAACAAAGUGAAGAAGAUGAUAAAAAGUCCAACAAAAUGUUUUGCGGCACAGCAGUACAAACUUGUUCACAACUUAGUGGACCAAGCGUGUCUGUACAAACUUGUACACGACUCAGUGGACCAAGUAAUCGCGAACAAGAACUAGUCCGUAAAAUAAAACUUCUGCAAGAUCGAUUGAGGUAUAAAAAAAAAAGGAUUCAAAGAUUCCAGGACUUGGUAACACAUCUGAAAAAAACAGAUAUGACGAAAGUACAAUCAAUGAAGCAGAUGAUAGCACAGAAACGGAUUAACAAACAAUGAAUAGUCUAUUCCAAAUAUGGGCAACAAACUAUUAUACAACAAAUUGUAUAAUAUUUUUAAUGCUGCUAAGUUGUGCAAACGAUAAGAAUCUUAUAGCAAAGAUAUCGAUCUGGUAGUGCAAUCAACGAUGACAGCUGAUGGUCAUAUGAGUAAUUGACCAUGAAGGCUAGUCGAAUAUUCUGAAGAUGCCUAAGCGACGAGUAACAGAGUCGGCUAGACAACAGACAGAGACAGCAGAAGUUUGCAAGCAUACAAUUAAAAGUAAUU